AUGAGCCCUACAGCUUUGUGUGCUCCAGCCGCGGCAGGCGGGCGCCACUUCGCGCGCGUGUCUACCCAGGGCGUGAGGUGCUUGUUCCUUGCGCUUGGUAGGGACAUCUCCCGACCUUCGCUCCAGCAGAACCUGUCGAGGACGGACGCGCCCCAGCAGCAGCAGCAGCAGCGCGCGGCCGCCGCCGCCGCGGCGGCCGCCGCGGAGCGCGAGCGCCAGGAGCGGCAGCAGCGCGCCGCGGCGGCCGCGGAGCGCCAGGCCGCCGCCGAGCGCCAGGCCGCCGCGGAGCGCCGGGCCGCCGCGGAGCGCCAGGCCGCCGCGGAGCGCCUGCGGAAGGGCGCCGGCCCCGCCGGCACGCCCAGCGGCGCCAGCGGCCUGUGGGCACCGCGGCAGCAGCCGAAGGCCGGCGCCGCGGGCCAGUCGGCGCCCCAGCCCGCCUCAAGGGUCAGGGGGCCGAGCCUGCCGCCCAAGAAUGCCGAGGACAACUACGAGAUCUCCGAGGCAGGCGGCGACUCCGACGAGGAGGAGGACAAGGUGGUUGACAGGUCCCACAAGCACGUGCCAGCCUGGUGCGACACGUACCUGAAGGACCUUGACCGCCAGAUGGGCGUGGACCCAGACACAAUAUGGGGCGGCAGGGUGCCCAAGUGUGACCUGGAGGUGGUCUUCAGCGACGAGCUGUACAGGCAGGCCAACAAGAGCAGGACAGUGCCGACCCUGCCGCCGAGUAGCCUUGCGCAGGCGGAGCUCGAGAGCGCCUGCCUGGCGGCGGAGGGACCACGCUGCCAGCGCCUGCCUCUCCAGGAGGGUUCGCCCCAAGACCUCCCCGCGGAGUACGACGGACCGCAGCAGGAAGGGUCGAAGGGUACGGAGCAGUGGUGGCACGGCCUGCAGCUGCCGCGGGGCGGGGGGGAGGACGACCACGACGAGGUCAAGGACCAGGAGGUGGAGGGGGGCAGGGGCUGCUGGCCCGACGACGCCAUGUCGAGGCGCUGGCGCAUCGACAAGGGCGCGAACAGUACGCUGUACGAGCGCCAGCUGCAGGCGCUGCUCAACUUGUGCAUGAAGGAGAGGCCGCGCGUUUCGGAGCUGCUCAUCACGGCCAAAGUUGGCCUUGCGGACAGCUGGGCGAAGCAGUGGCGCAAGGGCGGGCCGACCGAGGAGGACAAGCGCGCAGCCGAGCUGGCGGCCGAGAAGGAGAUGAAGGACACCAAGGAGAAGGAAGCGGCGAAGGUGGCGAGGCUCAACCCAGGCGGCUGCGAUUCGGAUAAGUUGGACAGGGCUCUCAAGGAGGUCAAGCAGCUGACGCACCUGAACCAGUCCCAGCGCGACGCCGUGAAGUCUGCUCUCCGCCAGACCUGCACCGUCAUUCAGGGUCCCCCGGGCACCGGCAAGACGCACGUUUCCGUGCAGAUCAUGAAGAUGUGGUCGAAGACGUUGGACUUGUCUCCGCUACUCGCCACCUCGGACAGCAACGUGGCGGUGGACAACAUCGCGAUGGGUCUGAGAGCAGAGGGCGUCAAGGCGGUCCGCGUGGGGCGCCCGGACAAGAUUAACCGCGUGUUAGAGGAGAUCACGCUGGAAUGCCUGCUGGAGAAAGAGAAGGAGGAAUUGGACACGCGGAAGUAUCAGGCUCGGUACCGGUCCGCCUCGAAGUCCAAGUCGGGCAGCCCGAAGCGCGGGAGGGGCAGCCCGAGCGUGACGAGGGACAAGGACAAGAAGAAGAGAGACAGGGCGAUCUCGAGGUCGAGGUCCAAGUCGCCAAAAGGCGACGAUUGGGUAGGCGACGGUGACGGGGAGGCGCCGAGGCCCAAGGGCAAGGGCAGGGGCAAGGGCAAGGGCAAGAUGUCGAAGCACGACUUCGAGCUGCAGAUGCGGAUUCUUCAGGACGCCGACGUCCUCUGCACGACCACGAUCUCUUCGGGUGGAGACUUCUUCUCCAAGUUCGCGUUCGCCGGUAUCCUCGUGGACGAGGCAGCGCAGGCGACCGAGCUUGCGGCGGUGGUCCCGCUCAUCCUCCGGGGCACGCAGCGGCUGGUCCUGGUGGGCGACCAGUGCCAGCUCCCGCCCACGGUCCAGUCCAGCGAGGCCGAGGAGCGCGGCCUCUCGCUGUCCCUGUACUCUCGCAUGGUCGACGGAGGAGGGCUGGUUCCGCACCUGCUAGACACGCAGUACCGAAGCCACCCCAUGAUUGCCGAGUUCUCGUCUCGGUCGUUCUACGCUGGCCGAGUGAAGAGCGGGGUCAAGGCAGAGGACUAUAUCCCCGCGCGCCACGGCAGGGAGUGGACCACUGCGUUCCCCCCCGUGCCGGCGCGGGUGCAGCACGCGCGCACCUGCUUCGAGGUCGGGCCGAGCUUUCCGGACGAGGCGCGGGCUGCACUUGUCGGCACGGCGUCCCAGAAGGCCAGGCCAGCGGCCUGCCAGUGCUGGCUCGGUGCCCUGCGCGCGCUGCUGUGGCGGAUGCACGCGCUGCUCGAGGGCGGCGCGGGCGAAGGUCAGCGGCUUUUCGAGCAGGGGAAGCUAGCGUUCGGCGUAGCCCCAGAGGCGCUCAAGCUCUGA